AAUGAACACACUGGAAAGAAGUAAAGGAUUAAAGAAAAAGGGAGCAAAAUGAUUGUGUGGGAAGUGGAAACACCCAAUUGCCAACUCUUAUAAAGCACCUGGAGAGGCCUACCUUCAUCAUAUUCCACAUGGUUCCAAGCUCCCAACCACAAGCAAAGAGAAAAGAAAAGGCUGAGAAGAUCUGAAUAGGAGGGUGUAAAGGAAAAUAUAGCAAAAACACUGAAAUCCCUAGAAUCCUAGUGGGUUUUGAUUGAUGGGUUUUGCAUAUGGUAGGCUCAUCAGCAAUGAGAUUGGAGACACAAACAGUAGCAGCAGGUUCUGUAAUUUCUGUUCAGAACAUGGUGGUGGCUACUGUGAUAUUGCUGCAGAGGCCCCAUUUGAGGAGAGGAAGAGAUUGGUGGCCAUUAGAAAUUCAUUGAAGGAAGUUGAGAACAUGGUCUUGUUCUUGGAGAGAUUAGAUUCUAGGCAGAUGAUGGAUAUGAAUGCAGCAUUCAACAGUUUGGAAGAAAGCAGACUAAAUCUAUUAGCAAAUGUGACAGAAUAUAAAGGAAGGGCACUUGAUGUUCUGACAGAACUGAAUGCACGUUUCGGACUCCAAAAUGGUGCGCCUUUUGAUUGGGAUUUGAGAGAGGGAUUGAAGAAAAAUGUUGAACCUUCUGGUGCUCAUCACAGCAGAAGGUUCCUCAUCACUAAUUGCAUGAGAAAGUUACUACUAAUCCCAUGGAAGUGGCAAAAGAAAGUUGGCAUUGCAGUGAAACUAGCUAUGUCUGCAAUGGCAGCUUAUCAUAUCAAGAAAUUGAUAUGCACAAGCUCAAGAAAAAGGAUUCCAUUUGUCGUUUCAAGAGAAGGAGGGAAAAGUAGUAGUGUAUUGACAAUCUCAAAGAACCCACUAGAUGUCUUCUGUGCUAGAGGCUGAUUCUUAUUGGAAUUUUAUUUUCACUUGCUGUUCUGGAAAAUUGUUUGAAUUCCUUUUACUUUCAUACAUACUAAUUGUUCAUGUAGCAUGAACCAUAUGAUAUACAAUAUACAGAAAGUUCUGCUGUUUUA